CGGUGAGUGGGUUGCAUAAUGUUGUAUUUAUCCCCAAGGCCAUUGCUUUUUUUGUUGAAACUCGUAUAGACGGCUGCGGUAUUGCGCUAUCAGAAUAACAAGAAUCCUACAGCUCACUGCAAGAGGAUAGUUAAUUUGCUAUGGCCAAAUACAUAGCACAGAUAGUUAUCCAGGGCCUUCGAGUUGUUGGGAGGUCUUUUGGAAGAGCUCUGAAGCAGGAAUAUGAAGCGAGCCAGCAGGCGGCCCGGGCACGGGCCAGCUCCAGUAACACGUCCUCAGACUCUGCCAAUCCGUUCGGCGCCUCCAUCUCGCUCGAGGAGGCCAUGAAAAUACUGAACGUUGACAAGCUCGAGCCCGAGCAGGUGAAGAAGAACUACGAUCACCUGUUCAAGAUCAACGACAAAGCCCAAGGCGGCUCCUUCUACCUCCAGUCCAAGGUGGUCCGAGCCAAGGAGCGAGUAGACGCGGACCUCUCGGCCCAGGCCAGCCAAGCGAAAGACGCCGGUCGGGGGAACGACACCGGGCAGGGCUAGCAAUGCUUUAGUGGGGUAGGUGUGCGUGGGUGGGUGGAAGACUCGUGUAAUGGCCGUGGGAUAUCGUGGUUGAUCACGCGGUGGUCGCCGCCAGCCGCCGCGUUAGGUCGCCCUGGGCCGGAAGUGGCUGGUGACGGAUCUGUCCGCCUCAGGAAGUGUCAGCUGAGCGCUCGAUUACUCUGGGCUCCAGACAUUGUCGGUCGGUAAAAUACACGGCGCUCACAAUC